CCGCCCCUUCCGGCCUAGGGAUGCCGGGAAGGUAUUUUGAAGCAUCAGGCGGGACUUUUAUUCCGGCACUAUAGCGUCUGCGUGAAUGCGGUGUUUUCAAGGUAUACGGGACAGUUCGGCGCGCUGACGUCUGUCUCGGUGACUGCCAUGGAGGAAAGGGUAUCCAGAGGCUCCAGCGACUGCAGCGUCCCUGGUAGCACAAGAGUAGAUCCAGAGCAAGCUGAUAAUUAUGAGCGCUAUGUGAAAAAAGCAAAACACGAAGCAAAAAACGGAAACCUUUCAAAAUCAAUAGAGUAUUUCCGAAUAGCAGACAACAUAUAUCCUAGUGAAAAGUUAAAGGGUCGUAUAGAAAAACUUGAAGAAGCACUUAAACAGCUUGAUCUGCAAGAAGAGCAAGAUGACGAGUUUGUGGAUGUGUUAAACAGUGGAUUGAUGGUUUACAAAGAAUUGUAUGCCAAGCUGUUUGAACAUCAGAAAGAAGGUGUUGCUUUUCUUUAUAGUCUCUACAGAGAUGGACGAAAAGGAGGCAUUUUGGCUGAUGACAUGGGCCUAGGAAAGACUAUACAAGUUAUUGCAUUUCUCUCUGGAAUGUUUGAUGCUGAGCUCAUCAAAUGUGUUCUACUGAUUAUGCCAACCACACUAAUUAGCAAUUGGGUAAGGGAGUUUGAGAAGUGGACUCCAGGCAUGAGAGUAAAUGAGUUCCAUGGCACAAGCAAGAAAGAGCGGACUAGAGAUCUAGAAAAAAUACAAAGAAAGGGAGGUAUCAUAAUUACUACUUACCAAAUGUUGAUCAAUAACUGGCAACAGAUCUCCACCUACAAUGGAAGAGAGUUUGUGUGGGACUAUAUUAUUCUAGAUGAAGCACACAAAAUUAAAACCUCGUCAACAAAGACAGCAAAAGCUUGUUAUGCAAUUCCUGCAAAGAAUCGUAUCCUCCUUACUGGGACACCCAUCCAAAAUAAUCUUCGUGAGAUGUGGUCGCUUUAUGACUUUGCUUGUCAAGGAACUCUUUUAGGAACAUUAAAGACUUUUAAGAUGGAGUAUGAAAAUCCAAUUACACGAGCAAGGGAGAAAGAUUCCACACCAGGUGAAAAAGCUCUUGGACUAAAGAUUUCAGAGAACCUCAUGAAAAUCAUACAACCCUAUUUCAUCAGACGGACAAAAAGUGACGUGCAAAAGAAAAAGGUGCCUGAAAAUCAAACCAGCACAGAAACAAGCACAAGAGGCCUUACUAUGCCAUCUCUAUCAAGAAAGAAUGAUUUAAUAAUAUGGGUAUACUUAUCAUCAAUUCAAGAAGAUGUGUAUCGCAAAUUUAUUUCUCUAGACCAAAUCAAGGAAUUGCUAAUGACUACUAGAUCCCCUCUUGCUGAGUUGACCAUCUUAAAAAAGUUAUGUGAUCACCCCAGGCUUCUCUCUGCACGAGCUUGUGUUCAGCUUGGAUUGGAAGGAGAUGAUUACCAAUACAAUGAAGGUGAUCAUGAAACAGUAACAAAGUUUGAUCAUCUUUCUGAUGAGGCUCUAAUUGAGGAAUCUGGAAAGCUGUCAUUUCUCAUUGAACUUUUACAACAACUCAGAGAGGAGGGGCAUAGAACUCUUGUUUUUUCUCAGUCACGAAAAAUGCUAGAUAUUAUUGAUCGUAUCUUGUGCAACAGAGGUUUUAAGAUUAUGCGCAUUGAUGGAACUGUCCCCAUUGUAGAAAGGGAAAAGGUUAUAAACAAGUUUCAGAGCAAUAGAAGUUAUAGUGUGCUGUUGCUUACAACGCAGGUUGGUGGUGUUGGGCUAACACUAACUGCUGCUGAUCGUGUGGUUAUCUUCGAUCCCAGCUGGAACCCAGCAACCGAUGCUCAAGCUGUUGAUAGAGCGUACCGCAUAGGACAGCAAGAGAAUGUGGUGAUUUAUAGGCUUAUCACAUGUGGCACAGUAGAGGAGAAAAUUUACAGAAGACAGAUCUUUAAGGAUUCCUUAAUUAGACAAACAACAGGUGAUAAGAAGAAUCCUUUUCGCUAUUUCACAAAGCACGAGUUAAAGGAAUUAUUUUUAUUAGAAGACACCCGAACAUCUUCAACACAAAUUCAGCUUCAGAAUAUGCAUGCAGCUCAGAGAAAAACAGAUACUCACCUAGAUCUGCAUAUUGCUUACCUGCAUACAUUGGACAUAUUUGGCAUUUCAGACCAUGACCUUAUCUAUGCACAUGAAGUGUGCUCACAAGAUGAUGAUGAUCAAUAUGAAGAUGAGUGUGAAGGUCAUUACAUUCAACAGAGGGUGCAGAAGGCUCAUGAGUUAAUGCAGAUGGAAUCACAAAUGAAUAAGCAACUAAUGGAACAAAUACAAAAUGGAACUGAAGGAGCAUGGUUAAGACAAACUGAAGCCCCUGAAAAAGUGAAGGAAAAACGCAAUACCAAUCCUAAGGAGUACAACUCUCAUCCUGUGACUGUUGAUCUCACAGUAGAUGAUAUUGGCAACAUCAGCUGCCAAAUGACCAGUAUAGUGAUAGGAGAUUCCAGUGGGGAUGAGGAUGAAAGUCUUCAACCUGCUCCUUUUGCCAUGACGGUGCCUAGCCUAAAAAAUGGAAACACCACUGGAACUAGUUCAUCUCCCACUACUUCUUUAGCUGAAAGAAAUUCUCCGUUUACCAACUACCAAAACAUUUUAAGUCCUGAAGAAGUAAGAGAUGCUGAUAUGAUUCCUACUAAGAAAGAUGUCGGUUUUGAACUGUUAGGUGAGCCACAUGGGGCAGAGGGUAAUGCUUAUAGUGUUACUGUAGUUUCAGAAAGCAUUUCAACACUGAAUACAGCUCAUAAAACAUCAAGUGACCCUAGAAGACAUUCAGAAGGUAUUGAUAGUACUGUAGAAGUUAACACCACAUUGGGUAUGAAAAAAGAACAUUGUGAAACUAGCUUGUCCAUGCAAAAGUCCCAAUUACCGUGUGAUUUCAAUCUUUUGUUGGAGGACUCCAUGGAAAAAGAUGUGUCCAAUUGUUCUAUGAGGGAGACAGAGAGUGUUAUGGAGACAUCGGUGGCCCCGGAGAUGGAACCAAUGCUGGUGCUAGAAGAUUCCAUAGAAAACACUACAGAAGAGGUCAAACUUUUGCACACAUCCAAAGAAUUUAAAAGCGAAACAAAUGAAAUAAGUAUCUCAAACUUAAAAACUGAAGUAGACUGUUUUCAAGUAUCGGUGGACAAAAGUAGUGAUGAAAUCGAUGAUUUAGCAGUUAAUGAAAAUGCUAAAAUUGAUAUUGGUAAUGUGGAUAUUCAGUUUAAUGUCAAUUUAGAUAGUGAAGAUGAAGAGGAAAUGCAUUUCACUGUUAAAAACAAAGCAAAACGAAGAGUCUUGUCUGACAGUGAGUCAGAUGGCUCGGUGUUUGUUGUAGAUGAGAUUGAUAAAAUAAAUUCUCCUUUUAACAGUCCGUCCAUAAAGGGAAUAAGUGCUUCUACACCAAAACUUGAGAAAUCUUUAUCAGACUCACUUUUUGCUCAGAGGAGGAGUUACGGAGGUCGCAGAUCUAUUGCAUCUAGAAGGUCUAUUGUCCAUGUUGCAGUUGAAGAAGCAACAGAUGUGCAGGAAACUAUUGAUGAUGGCACCACAGAAGAUAGUGAGGAGGGAGAAGAUGAAUUUAUUGCGGGGGAAGCCAAAGAAACUGAAAAUGAAGAGUAUGUGGAAUUGGAGGAGGAGCCAGUUGGAGAGACUCUCCCACUAGAGGAAAGCAUAGUGACUUCUCAAGAGGACUAUGAAUCAGAUAGUUUUGUAGUCAAAAGUUCAUCAGAGCAAGAAGAAGAUGGCAGCACAAAUGAAUCUACUGGUGAGGUGGAACUAGGCUCUGGAGAGCAGAUGGACUCCCUUGCUCAAGAAACUGAUUGUGGGCAAGUAGUUUCAUUAAAUGAAAGUUACACCUCUCUAGUGAAACGUGGAAAACAAUUUAAAGAUGAUGGAUGUGUGAAAGAAGCAUUGGACUGUUUCUUGAAAGCCCUUGACAUAAAAUCAGGGGACCCAGAGGUUAUGAUGAUGACAUUAAGCUUAUAUAGACAGUUAUCGUAGAUGUAGGUAUUUAUCCCAUUGUUAUAUCUCUGUUAAUCCUGUGUUUGGAAGUAAUUGAACUAUCUGCUUUGCUUACAGAGAUACAACAGGGCUUCUGGAAAUUACAUUCCAUAAAUUUCAUUACAGAAUUCAGUUACUGAUGCACAUUUACUUAUGCAAAAAUCCACUUAUUUGGUUCUAAUGCUUUUUGUUUUGUUUACAUCCUUCAACACUUUUCUAAAAUAAAGAAAAAUAAGCAAGCUGCAAUUUAGAACUGAUCAGAUUACAGGUUGUUAAUCUAACUAAACGUAUUAUACUUUGCUGAACAGCUUUAGAUUGUAAAGCCGCAUUUACAAAUGUGUAAUAAACAUUGCUUGUACAAACAUCCAAA